AUGAAAUAUACGAAGCGCUCCCAGGUCUGGGUGUUGAUCGGCGUUCCGCUCUGCGUUCUUGGAAUGGGUGCACUUCUCUAUCUAGCAGACAUGGGAGAUGGUCGCAGUGGAAAUGAAGCAUCUUUCGUGGCAGCCAAGUCAUUGAUUGGUAUUGGUCGUGAGUUCUACCAAACGGCUGCACAGGUCUCAGUUCAGGCCGUGGUCUCGCGGCAGGAUGUUUCCGUUGUUACUGCAGUAUUUUUCGCAUCAAUGAGCGUCGGUGGUGCAAUUGGGACAAGCGUCGCCGGGGCAAUAUGGCGAAACACUCUCCCCAAAAAGCUGCAGCAAUAUCUUCCUAGUGAACUGAAGGGCCAAGCCAAUUCUAUCUUCGGAUCAAUUGUGGUAGCUCGAAGAUAUGCCAUGGGUACCGAAGCUCGUUAUGCCAUCAAUCGCAGCUACCGAGAGUCGCAAAGACUACUUGCGAUUGCGGGCCUUGUUUCACUUUCAAUGAUGCUUAUUGUGAUGUUGUUCUUGAAGAACGUGAAGCUAGGUGAAGACAGUAGGACAGAGACAGAAGAGAAAGACCAAGCUCAUGGGACCGCAGAAAAGGAAACAGAGAACAGUCACUCCUGA